AUUAUUGAAGCUUCAUAUAGGGAACAGAAUCAACUCUCAGCAUGGAGUGAAACCUCAAUUUGACUCACAAUGGGAGCUAAAAAGAUGAAGAUUCACUAAAACUGAUAAAUCAUAAAAACAAAGCAUUUAUUUGAGAAUGUUUAUGCAUCUCAUUACUAUAUAACUGAAACUUCCCCAUCUUGCUCUAGAAUUCUCUUGUGACAGAAAAGGCAGAGCUUGGAUCUACAAGGAGUUGUGUUUCUAAUUUUUGAAAUAUUAUCAUUUAAAGUGGAACAUCUAAAAGAGAAGAUUCGGAUGAAGGAAAGUAUAUUACUGGAAAAAUUGAAAAAAAUGAUCCAAUAAAAAAGGCAUUGCAUUAGAUGGUUUGAUGUUGUGUUUUGGUAAAUAUUGAGUGUGGAUGAGAUUUUUUAUAAUUAAAUAUAUGAGACCGCGGACCAAAUUGGUAAAUAGACUUGUGCCACAGUAAUCAAAUAGCUUUGUUACAGAGUGAAAAAAUAUGCAAGCUCAAAAUCAAAUGGAGAUGUUUACUAGUUCAUGAUAUCAAGUUUAUUAUAGUAGAAGAAAAAAUUAACAACAUUGGCAUACAAUAAUAGUACACAAUAUUAAUAAAUAAAUGUUUGAUUAUUGAAUCCGAAAAUAUUCAUAAAUCUGAUUAAGAUAGGAGAAAACUUAUUUAUCAAAUAAAAUUGUUUUUUUGACAACAAAUAGGGUUAUAAGGAUUGGCCAGCUGAUUCAUAAACUGUGUAAAAAAAAAGUCGAAUUUUUCAUGCAAAAGGGUUUGACGAUUGGGUUGAGAGUCACGAAUUGUAUUCGAAAUCAGCAAUAAUGAAGUAUCCAGUGGAUUCAGCGGAAGCGGGGCGAGCGAGGAAGAAGGGGGCGUGGGUUCGGGCGUGGCUGGUGGUGAACUCCGCGGGGGAGGCGGAGGUGGUGGAGGCCGGCAAGCACGCCAUCAUGCAGCGGACUGGUCUCCCCGGCCGAGAUCUCCGCAUGCUCGACCCCGCUCUCUCCUAUCCCUCCACCGUCUUGGGCCGAGAGCGCGCGAUCGUCGUCAAUUUGGAGAAUAUCAGGUCGAUCAUCACUUCUCGAGAGAUGAUUUUUCAAAAUUCCAAAGAUCCUUUGCUUACUCCUUUUGUCGAUAAAAUUCAGCAAGUGUUUCGCCAUCGUCAGGCUGUCGUAUCCAGCCAGGAGUCUGGAGAGGAAGGAAACAAAAAACCAGUGUGGACAGAUUUUUAUGGCUCGAAGGAGCCGGACCCAAUGGGAGAUGGUGGUGACCAAAUUUAUACUUACCAACAAAAGAAAGAAGAGUGGAAUGCAGAGGAAACAGGAGAGAACGUGCACGAUUUGAAGAUUCUUCCAUUCGAAUUUGUUGCCCUCGAGGCAUGCCUCCAGGCUACCUGCAGUAGCUUGGAUGAUGAAGCAACAAGACUGGAGCAAGAAGCUCAUCCAGCAUUGGAUAAGCUCACUUCCAAGAUUAGCACUCUCAAUCUAGAUCGGGUUCGACAUAUUAAGAGCCGUUUGGUGGCAAUAACUGGGCGUGUGCAGAAGGUGAGGGAUGAGUUGGAGCAUUUGCUCGAUGACGAUGAAGAUAUGGCAGAGAUGUAUUUGACAGAGAAGUUAGAGGAGGAGGAGGCGCUUGAGAAUUCUUCUACCAAAGAGCAAGACAUGGUAGAUGAGGAAGCAGAUCAGGCUAAUUUCGAGACAAAGAUGGGACUUGAUGAUGCUGACGAGCAGCAAGCUCCGAGCAUGCAAAGUUCUAGCAUCAAGAGUCUCGAUGUGGAGGAGCUCGAGAUGAUUCUAGAAGCAUAUUUUGUACAGAUUGAAGGCACGUUGAACAAGUUAUCCGCUCUGAGAGAGUACGUUGACGACACAGAAGACUACAUAAACAUAAUGCUGGAUGACAAGCAGAACCAUCUCCUGCAAAUGGGAGUGGUGCUCACUACAGCGACUUUGGUGGUGGGCGCGUUUGUGGCGUUGACUGGGGUGUUUGGCAUGAACAUUGGCAUCGAGCUCUUCGACCCCAAGUUAUAUGGGAUGCCCGAAUGGCUCUGGACCGUCGGUGGAAGCAUCAUAGCCUCUGUUUUCUGUUACGUAAUCGCUGUUGCCUGGUGCAGGUACCAACGCCUCUUGGAAUGAAGAGGGAGGAGGAGAAGAGUUAUGUUUUUUUCUUGCUUGCUUUACCACAAUCCAAUGUUGAUCUUGUAGCUUUUGAAUUAGUUUUGAUUAUGAGUUGGUUACUUCACUUUUUGGUGAGAGAUACAAAGAUGUUGCCCAUUUUAUGAAAUUGAUUUUUUUUUAAUAAAUUACCAUCUCUCCCUUA